CAUGACGUCACUUGACUGUCUCCCAUCGCGUUUUUAAUUUACAUUACCUCAACGCACCCGGUUAAUAAACGUUCGCUAAUUACUGCAGCACGUGCUGUAAAUUAAUAAAUUUCUGUUUAACGAUAAUAUAUCACUUAAAAACACCGAAAACACAAUGGAUAUGAACGCGCAACUUGAGCAGGUGACGAAGGCAAUUGAUAUGCAAGUUGAUGCAGCCCUUGAGAAGCUCGACAAUUUGGACGCCUCAGAUUUCGAAGCCCUUCGCCAGAAACGCAUCAAAGAGAUGAAGGAUAGGGAAGUAAAACUGCGAGAGUGGAAGCAGAAUGGACACGGCAGCUACGACGAGCUGCCCGAAGAAAAACAGUUCUUUGAAGUCAUCAAGAAGUCAGAGCGAGUUAUCAUUCAUUUCUACACAAAUUCCAAUGAACGGUGUCGAAUCGUCGACAAACACUUCAAGAUUCUCGCCCCGAAACACAUGGAAGUCUUAUUCACCAAGUUGAAUGCAGAAAAGUGCCCGUUCCUUGCCGAAAAACUUAAAAUCAAAGUGAUACCGUCAAUUAUUUCCAUUCACAAUGGUAUUAUGGUGGAUAAAUUGGUAGGUUUCACCACACUGGGUAACAGAGAUGAUUUCAGCACUGAGGAUAUGGAAUGGAGAUUGGCGCAGAAUGAAUUCCUAGAGUAUGAAGGUGAUCUCAGUAUGCCACCUUCUGAACAAAAACAACUGAAGGUUGGAAAGAGUAAUGGCAAGAUCAGAAAUGGAAUCUACAAUGGAGUGGAUGAUGAUUUGUACAUGGAGGAAGCAAUUGCAAAACCUACACAGAGUUUUGAACUCACUGCAGAAGAAGAGGCUGAACUGGAGCUUUAAAACUAAAACUGCUAUCAUUGGACCAAAACUAGCGUUAUUAAUACGAAAUUUUGCACAAACUUGCUUUUUAGGUUUGCCUCAUAUAUUUAAUGCUAGUUUUGGCGGUUGGUAUGAUUACAUCCAACUAAAAACAAAUUAACCUCCCCUUUUUUUUGCACUUGACAAUGUUAUACUCAAAUUAUGAUGUUUGAUGAAUUAUGCACAGUAUUUGCAAUAAAAUUAUAUGCAGAUAUCUUUUCUAUAAAAAAAUAUAAAUAUAUUUAAAGAA